AUGUCUUCACAGCCCACGAAACCGACAGUAGAGAAGCUUGCAGUUGAUGCGGAGGAUGACCUUGACGAUCUCGAUGAUCUUCUCGAUGAGUUCAACCCCGGUGCUUUCCCUACCUCACCCAAACCCUCUCCUGGCCCGCCUCCACCAACGGCAGCCACGACAACCACUUUCGGCCGACCACGGACGAACACCCGCGUCGAUGCGCCACCCAAGUCAGUCCCGGGCACGGGCAAGCUAGCGGUUACUGCAGAAGAAAACGACGAUGAAGAAGCCCUUAACAACGAGUUCGCGCAGGAGCUAGCACGGGAGAUGGAGAACCUCAUGCGUGAGAUCACGAGCGAAGGGGGGAAGGACAAGGACGACGCGGCGUCGGAGACGAUGACAGAUGAAGAGCGCGGGAAGGCACUCAAGGCAGCCUGGGAGGCGAUGCUGGUCGAGGGUAUGAACGCUAAUGCAGGCGAUCUCGCGAACCUAGGUGAAGAGAUAGGGCCAAGCAAGGAGAAGGCCGCUGGUGGCGCGUUCCAGGAUAAGAUUAAGCAAGCAAUGGAUAAGCUGAAGGACAGCGAGUCGAAGAUGGGUGGUGCUUCAUCAGGGGCGGCACCGACACCGGAAUCGUUGGAGGCACUGCUGCAGUCGCUAGGCGAUCUUGGUUUGGGUGGCGAGGGUGGCGACGAGAAGGAGCUUGCUGGGUUCCUCGAGACCAUGAUGUCGCAGCUGAUGAGCAAGGACGUCCUGUACGAUCCACUGAAGGAGCUCGCCGAGGGUUUCCCCCCUUAUCUCGCAAACCCACCCAAACCACUGCCAGAGGAAGACAAGAAGCGAUACGAUAACCAACUAGUCUGCGUCAAGAAAAUAUUGGUCGUCUUCGAAAAGCAGGAUUAUAGCGACGGCCACGAGGAGUACAGCAAACAGAUCGUGGAACUGAUGAGCGAGAUGCAAACAUAUGGGUCUCCUCCAAGUGAGAUCAUGGGUCCACUCCCACCUGGUUUCGACGCGAUGAGCAGCGAAGAGGGAUGCACUGUCGCUUGA